UCUGACUGUCGAACGUGGAGGUAUCACCCGGCGAAUCUCGUAGGCGGAGCCAGAAUGUGUGCAUGUGGCAUGCACACGUGUUCCCUCGCCAGAGUCCGUGUGGUGUUCCCCCUUUCCCCUGUAUCCCCCUAUAGCCCCACGGUACCUUAUGGGUGUUUAAGCCUUAGGCCUUCGUGGUAGUUGGAAUAUAUAAAAAAAAUAACUAUUGUGCCAGUUGUAACGCGUUCUUUAUUAUAUUGUUCUACAA